GCAGCCUUUUAAAAAAUGAUUUUGCAGAAAGUGGGGGGAGCACGAGAAUGAGCUCAGGCUAGAACCGGCCAAACCGGACCUGGCUUUGGAAAUGGGUUAGAAUGUCUAUAGCUUUCAUCUCCGCCUCCACCCACACAGUCAAAUGCACGGCAAUCGAGCAUGAAAGCAAACCGGCCCGGCGAAGUGCAUGACACUGAGAUCGGAUCACGUUCACCAGGGUGAGGGGGGUAUGCCCCGCUCCUGGAGAUCUAGCAGGACUGACCUUUCCCAAGCGAGUGGAGACUUGUGAGGUGCGAUAUGGGUGACUCCCUGGUGUACAUGCUCAGCGCGGCAACUUUGGGCCUUUCCUGUUUGAUCACCAAGAACGGUUUCCAUUCUCUGUGGAUACAAUAUGUGGCUGUACGGGAGGUGUGAGAAAGAGAGGACUCCGUGACUGGCUCAGUCUGCUCGCUGCACCCACUUCCCAGGUGACUGAUAUGACAGUAACUCACUCCAAGUGACGCUGUCAUGCUGUACCCCUUGGGGACCUCCAAACAACUAGUCUCACCCUUCACACUCAGAGACUCAUUGAUUUUAAGGCCAGAGGGGACUGUUGUGAUUACCUAGUCUGACAUCCUGCAUAACACAGACUAGAGAACCUCCCCCGAGUGCUAAUUCCUGCAUUAAGUCCAUGCCUUCUGGCUGGACUGGAGCAGAUCUUUUCAAAGACCAUCCAGACGUGAUUUAAAGACUUUCAGUGAUGGAGAAUCGGCCACAGCCCUAGGUGUUCUGAAUCGACGUGCGAGAGCCAGGUAGCUGCUACAGAAUGUCUUCCAUCUUAAAGAUGUUCGGAAGAGAAGACAAGAAGGAUCAGGGCAAAGAGAAGGAGAAAGACAAGAAGGAAGAGAAGGAGAAAGACAAGAAAGACGGAGACAAGAAAGACAAGAAAAAGAAGAAGAAAGAAAAAAAGGGAGAGGGAGAUGAAGAUGACAGCAGCAGCAGCAGCAGCUCCGACAGUGAUUCUGAAGAGGGUCACCAUGGCGACAAGAAGGAAAAAGAGAAGGAUAAAGAAUAACUUCUGAGGAGCCAAUGGAGGCCACAUUUGUGUUUCCUGCCUUCGCCCAGGUGCUGGGUAGUGUGAAGGAGAAGGGGAUCAAUCGGGAAAAACUGCACUUGGUGCUGAGGAUGUUUCAUCCAAAUAAAGUUGUUUUAGUAU